AAUUAUCAAACACGUAAAUAAACAGUUAAGCUUCGUAUAUUCAGUUUUGGUGUGUAAAGCUAGUAGCUUUGAUGGACAAACAACAACAAUACAAACGUGUAUUCACACAUUUGGACCAAAAUGGUGACGGCAAACUAUCACCACCGGAGCUCCAGGUUUGCAUGGGGAAGAUCGGUGAAGAGUUGUCGUUGGAGGAGGCGGAGAUGGUGGCGGAGUUGAUGGCCUCCAACGGUGAUGGGUUGAUGAGCUUUGACGAUUUGGUUAAAGUGGUUGAAAGUGCAAAUGAGGAUGAGAAAGUGAAUGACUUAAAAAUGGCUUUUAAAAUGUAUGAAGAAGUAGAGGGGUGUGGUUGUAUAACUCCCAAAAGUUUGAGGAGAAUGCUUAGUAGAUUGGGCGAGUCGCGAACUGUCGAAGAGUGUGAGUUGAUGAUCGCAAAGUUUGACCUCGAUGGCAAUGGCGUUGUUGAUUUCGAUGAGUUUCAUCACAUGAUGGCAUGCUCGUGAUUCGUGAGUUACAUGAGUUUGAUACUAAUUGAUUCAACGUACAGAAAAAAUGAAUUUAUAGUUUGCAUGCAUGGUACGAUUAACACUUUUGUUAUCGAGUGUAAUUUUUACGAAUACUUAGAAUAAUUUUGAUUACCGAAACUUUUCGGCGCGUAGUGUUAUGAAUAGUACUUUCGUAUAGAAAAUUUUUAGGUAUAUACGUUUCCGCCCCCCGGUUUCGGAAAAAUUGGUUGGGGGGGGGGGGGGGGCAAGCUUCGCCAAUGCUGAGAUAUAUAUUUGAUUUAUUCAAUUCGUGUUAUUUCAUUUUUCUACGGAUCAUAGUUGCUUCUGUGAUUAGUAUAAUGUGAGUUGUUUUGUAUUUGUGAGGAUUCAUUUUUUCGAGUUGUAAAAGUCCUUUUACAAUUGGUUGUAUAAUUAAUACCAUUCUUAUAUGUUGUAUUUUGUAUAUAUACAUACCCUUGUUAUGGCUUUAUCAAGUUCAGAAUUCCAAUACAUACCCUUGUUAUGGCUUUA